AUGGCUGGCCUACUCACCGGUCCGGCCUCCACUGACUACCGAUCCCUCUUUGUUCCUGCCGUCUGCCUCCUAAUCUCCUUCCUGGGCUACACUUCGCAAUGGCUCUUCAACGCGGCCGAGAACCUCGAGCCCGGCCCGCUGACGCAGAGGGAAACGGCCAUCUUCAACAUCCUCCUUCUGUGCCUGUGGGCGACAUACUACAGGGCAUGCACUGUGCCUCCCGGGCGGUACGACUUCCCGGCACCACCACCCAAGAAGUCCGACGACCCAACCCCAACUAGCGAAGACACCGACCCGUCCUCGAACGAGACGUCAGCGCCCAAGCCCGAACCCGAGCCGAAGACGACGACGACAACCACGCGCUGGUGCAAGAAAUGCGACUCGCCAAAACCCCUGCGCGCGCACCACUGCCGCCUCUGCAAAACAUGCAUCCCCAAGAUGGACCACCACUGCCCGUGGACCAACAACUGCGUGUCGCUGCAGACGUUCCCGUACUUCCUGCGCUUCCUGGUGUACACCAACGCCGCGCUGCUGUACCUGCUCGCCUGGCUGCUGUACCCGCGGCUGCGGCUCAUCUUCUGGGACAACUCGGCGCUGCCGUCGUACCUGGGCCCCAGCGUGCCGGCGCUCGUGCACCUGUCGCUGCUGGGCAUCGCCGCGGGGCUGACCGAGUUCGCGCUGAUGAUCCUGCUCAUCACGACGGUGCGCGGGUGGGUGCUCAACGUCACCAUGAUCGAGGGCUGGGAGCAGGAGCGCCAUGACGCGGUGCUGCUGCGGUCCAGGAGGGGCGGGUGGUGGAGCGGCGGGGACGGCGGCAAGGUCGUCAUCGAGCGGGUCGAGUUCCCCUACGACAUUGACUUCUUCACCAACAUGGCGCAGGCGAUGGGGACCCGGAACGUGCUGACGUGGCUCGACCCUUUCAUCGGCGGGGGCCCGACCGUCUCGAAGGAGGUCGGCAAGGGCGUGGGCUGGGAGUGGGAGGAGAACGGGUUCAACGACCGCGAGGGCAUGUGGCCGCCCGCCGACCCGGAGAAGCUCCGCAGGGCGGCGGGCGGCGCCAAGGGCUGGCCCGGGUCCGAGGCGGCGCGGCAGGAGGCGGUGCUCGUCGACAGCAAGUGGGCGAGCCCGCAGGAGGAGAUGGCUGCGUUCCGCGCGCGGCAGGAGAUGGACCUGCGGCGGCGGAGGGGCACGUCGGGCGUCAUUGCGGAGCUGGACGAGGACGAGGAGAUCGAGGACCUCGACUAUGACUAUGUCGACGACAACAGCGGCAGCAGUGGUGGGUACUACGAGGAUGAGGACAACGAAGAGGAGGGGACCGCCCAGGACAAGGCGGUCCCUGUGAUACCGGGCCAGGGCUACUACGAGCGAGGCAUGGACGGCGAACCGGGCUGGACGAAUUCCGAGGGCGACCGCCUGCGCGACUUUGGCGUGGACGAGGACGUCGAGGAUGAUGAUGAAGAUGUCCCGCUUGCCGAACUGCUGCGUAGGAGGAAGGAAGGCAGUAAGGAUAGAUAG